AUGACCAGGUUCACGAUCGUCCCCAACACGUUUGUGAUUCGAACGCUCAACUUGACCGACUCGGCCAACUACUUGGCGUCGUCCAACGUGUCGGCACAUGCGUUCGCGCAAGGAUGGGCAUCACCAACAGAACCGUUUGACUUUACAUCAGCCUAUGGGUAUGCUGCGCCCAAUUCAAGCAAGCCGGUGUAUGGAGGCCGCCGUAUGUGGCGAGCAUUCGACUUGGUCGCUCCGUCUCUUCACUUGGAUGCGACCCUUGGUUUCCACGCCAGAAUACCCACAUAUCCGUUGUCUGUCAAGCCGGAUGUGUUGCUAUCGCCCAUCACAAUCAUGAACCUUUUCAGCAACUAUUACAAGAACACGUCGUACGACUUGACUACAAGCUUGGCAGCGGGGCCAUUCCACGACCCAUCAAGGUAUUCCGGCGUUAUCAACUCGACUGGGGGCUGGGAACGCUCGCUUUCCAUGCAUCGCACAGUGCAUAGCUUUGUGCUGCAAACGCGAUCGAACAUGGCGGAUGCGAUCGGCGGCGUGGCGUGGUAUGCGCAGGGGGUUCCAGCAGACUCGGUGUACUUUCCCAUCUCAUGUGGCCAGACCACGCUGCCAACCGUGUUCAACCAAGCGAUUCGAUCGAAAUUCGACACCGAGUCCACCUGGUGGGCGUUUCACAUCGGGUACCCUGCGGACUGGGCCAACCAGACCGAGUACGUGUUGUAUCCGCAGCACUACCACCCUCCGGCGCAAGUAGCGGCAGAGGAGAACAGGACGGCUGCCGUGGACCCUGACACGGGUGUGCUGUCGAUUGUGGUCGGUGGCGCUGACCUUAGCGCGACUGAAGAGCAUGGAGCGUUUGUCUUGCCGAAGGAAUUUAUGAUUGGGUUUGUGUACGGCACGAUGUCGCUGACACUGGUGGGGGCUGUGGUCGUACUUUUCAGUCGCAUGCGACAGGUGGUGGGCUCACCUGUCUGCGCUGGCAGUGUUGAAGGUCCUGUGAUGAAGGACCAUGUACAGGUGUUGCCACGAUUGGAAGGACUUGGUGAUGGUGCAGUUUAGAAUUGCUUCUAUACACUAUAGCUAUUGUUCUAAAUCAC